UCCAAAUGAAGCGCUUUCGUCUCGUUAUUGUAUAACACGAGUUAACCUUCCCACAGUUAUUCGCAACAAUGUGUUGAAGGAAAACCCACUCAUCAGAGAUUGUCGUAGUGUCUUUUUCAUCCAAAGGUGCCCCGAUUGUUUGAUGCAGGCUCUCAGUUUUUGGCCAUUUUCACACUGCAUGUUGCUGCUAAAAGAUACUGAAGUGCAUUCUAUUCCAUGCUUACGUAGGUCAUCUGUCUCUAACCGUUUGAUAUAUGUAUAUUUUCAAGCAAGUUUCUGAUUUUACUGACACUAACUGACUAGUGAGAAAUGACGCUGACGCAGAAUUCAAAAUUGCCGGAUUCGUUUCCAACAUCAAAGAGUAAGAAAAUGGAUUCUCGACUGAUCAUCAAUAUCAGUAGCAAAUACAAAAUCAGUAUUUGCAAGCCGCUCAUCCCCUUAAAAAUUGUGCUCACUCUCUGGUACUCAGCUUCCAUGGGAAUGACAGCAUACCUUACUCUAUUCUUCAAGCAGCGAGGGCUUACUGUGGAAGAAAUUUCCUUCAUGUACUUGACAGCGUACCUCUCUCAGUUCGUGUUCAAUACAACAUGUGGUGUGGUAUCGGACAAAAUAGGAAGACCAAAGUACGUGGCGAUAUUAUCAAUGCUGAUAGCAGGAUCGCUGGCAUCCUACUUGACAUUCGUACCAAAAGUAGACAAAACAAUUGAAGAAAAUCAACUAUUCAACAGCCUGUAUUGUGACAACACAGAUUAUGUACAAAUGAAAGUCAAUCGCACGUGUGAAAACAUUCAACAAGUUAUGCCUUGUGAAGAAAUGUGUAUCCCAAAGUGCUGCAAAGAUAUUUCUCAGAAAAAACUUAACUUGAUUAAUAAAUUCGUGAAUCACUCAGAGCUCAUCUUCAAUAGUGGUUCUCAAUAUGAUUUUGUAUGGUGCUUUCGAGAUUCAAAAAUUGUGCUACUUGCAAAUGACACGCAAUUCCUCUGUGGGGCAUAUCAGAAGGCAUGUGCAGUGACCUGUGCAGAAUAUAAAUCUACUGCUGUAGAAAGGAAAGGCCAGGUUUUAUUUUUAAUAGCCAUUGUAGUAUUGUUCCUUACUUUUGACGAAAAUACAUAUCGAUUUCUGGAUAUAUUGGCAAAUUAUAUGGCAAAUACUUUUGAAGCUGAAUACGGAAAGCAGAUAUUUUGGUCAAAUACCGGUGCUUUGACUGGGCCAUCCCUUGUAGCAUUUAUUAUACAACAAACGACCAUUUCCGAAGAAAUGCCGCAUUAUGAAUCAUCUUUAUACUUCUAUGCAGCUAUUGCCUUAUUAACCCUUUCAACAGUUUGUACUUUAGACAUAAGCAAAAGCAAACCUGCCAAAGAAAUGUCAAGAGCUGCAAUAAAACUCUUCAAAAAUGUAGAUUUCCUUUUCUUCGUGUUCAUUCUGUUUGUUCUUGGCGGAACAUGGGGGUUUCUAAUGAAUUUCCAUAACCUCUAUCUGGCAGAUAUCGGGACACCAAUUUAUAUGAUGGGUCUUUUGGAUACCUUUGCAGGUGUUUGUGGGCUACCAGUGUUAAUCGCAGGUAAAUGGCUCAUAGACAGAAUUGGAAACACUAAUGUCUUCAACUUGGCUCUGUUGGGUUACUUCAUCAAAUGUUUUGGAUAUUCAUUCGUCCGCGUUGCUUGGCCUGUCUUCUUCUUGGAACUGCUCAUGACAUUCAGUUAUCAUUUGCUUUGGGUUGCCACCAUUGAUUUUUGCACAAAAGUCGGACCAGAAAAUUUAAAAGGAACAAUGAUUACAUUAGCAGGCAGUGUGCAUUAUUCCUUAGGUCGAGCCUGUGGUAGUUUCACUGGUGGUCUUCUCAUGAGUACUUAUGGAGCUACUACAGCUUUUCAAGUCAUCGGGGCCACAAAUGGUGUAGCAUUUUUACUCUACAGCACUUACCAGUAUCUCAGGAGAUCUCAGAAAAUAAAGAGAUUCGACGUUUCUUGACAUUUUUUGACGUAAUUUUUGAAUUGUUUUCAUAUUUAGUGAAAAGAAAUUUGCAGAUGGUUCAUUUCUGCACUACAGAAAAAAUAUGUUCUCAUGAUAUAAUUGCAGCAAUAAUGACUCCAAGGAUAUGGAAAGAGGUCGUAUUCGUCAAUAAAUUGAUUCCUCCUUAGAUAAAUGGAAGGAAAGACCCAGCUCCAAAUCUCAGAGUUUCCAAGAAGAAAUUUCAUGCAUGAAAGAACAAUGUUAAAUACGAGUGCGUAGUUAUUUGCAAAUAAUUUGCAGUUAUUUGCAUUCUUUAAGGUAAAGCAUUGUGAAGAAUUCUAUGAUUGCCCAUUAAGAAAUUAUUUCAAUCAAUAAGUUCCAAAUCUUAAGUUUACGCGAACAAUAUUAUCACGCUCAGGAAAUGAACAAUGAUUUGAAUAUUAUUUUUAACAGUU